AUGAAAACAGCAUGUCCCACCGCCUCGCUUCUUCUCUCGCUGGCCCUUUUGUUCGGUUACCUCCAGCAUGAGAUCCUUAGCAUAGGCACACACGCACAUCACAGGCUGGAAGGAGAACUGGGCUCACGGCCAACGAGCCGCAAGGGAAAGCGGGACGACCACCACAAGGAGCGUCAGCAUUGUGGGCUAACGACAUUCCAACACAUGCCUCGUGGCGUCAGAGACAAAUCGCCGUGCUGGGUCUUUCCUUUUUCUGCUGUUGUUUCCGAGGGCCGCCGCUGUCCGUCGAUUGGCCAUCACCUCAGCAUCUUGACCGCUCAGAGUCUAAAACUACUAUCCCCAACAACUCAAAGUCCUACCAAUGGUGUCGUUUUGAAGCUUACGUGCUAUCUUAACAGCACUGAAGUUCCCACGAGACUGGCUUACACUAUCCGUAAAGUAAGCUACAAAUCUAGCCCGCCACACCCCACCACACUUUGCCUUGCAGGGACUAAGCCAGUCACUGGCUGA